GCCAGUUUAAUAAUAAAAAAAAUUGAAGCGCGGUUACGAUUACUUUGUGGACUACUUUACGAGUUUGAGCCAGUCGUAACAUUGAAGGUGAUAAUAAUGUUGCUAAAACAUUUCGGUAAAUUGGCACCAUUUUGGAGGGUUACCUGCACAAGUGAAAUAUUUGGACAGUCGAUAAAGGCCAGUUCUUCACAAGUGAAAGUCUACAGCUCUGCAGCGGGAGGUGAAAACACUGGAGCUGUUGCGGGACAGACUGUGGUCACAGAGCGCAGGGGAUGCGUGGUUGCCGUGGGGAUAAACCGCCCAGAGGUGCGUAAUGCAGUGAACCAGGAGACGGCGAGGCGUCUGCUUGAAGAGCUGGAGGCCUUCGACAGUGAUCCAGACUUCAACGUGGCUGUCCUGCAUGGGAUAGGAGGGAAUUUCUGUGCUGGUUAUGAUCUGAAAGAGCUGGCCAAUCACGCAGCCCUCCUUAAAUUGGAGCAAGAUGUCACCAAGGGUCCUGGUCCGAUGGGUCCAUCUCGUUUAGAGCUCUCAAAGCCGCUGAUCGCAGCAGUCAGUGGUUUUGCUGUGGCUGGAGGGCUGGAGCUGGCUCUGCUGGCGGAUCUAAGAGUGGUAGAGGAGAGCGCCGUCAUGGGGGUGUUCUGUCGCAGGUUUGGAGUUCCCCUGAUUGACGGCGGCACCGUGCGGCUCCCACAUCUCAUUGGCCUUUCACGAGCCCUCGACCUGAUACUGACUGGACGGCCAAUUGGAGCACAGGAGGCCCUCGCCUACGGACUGGCUAACAGAGUGGUUCCGGAUGGGCAAGCUUUACAGGCGGCCCUGCAGCUAGCAGAGGAGAUCAGCUCCUUUCCUCAGCAGUGUCUGCGGGCUGAUCGCUCCUCUGCCAUGUACAGCUGCUACAACGCUCCAUCCUUCACACAGGCCAUGCAGUACGAGAUAGACCACGGAGUUCCUGUCAUCCAAGCAGAAGCUGUCGCCGGAGCAACCAGAUUCUCUACUGGAGAGGGAAGAGGAGGAACAUUUUCCUAGGAGUUUUCUUUGCAGCAGACUUGUGAACAUUGAUUCUCAGGUGAUCAACCACAUAUUGCUGCAUCUAAUCUGUCUGUUGUGCUGUCAGGUUGCUAUUGAGAGCAAUGAGCAAUCAGAAAAGCUCCAUAUGUUGUGCUAAUGUAGCCAAAGCUAUUUUCAAAUGAGGAUUGUUUGGACUCUGAAGGUUGACAGAAAGCGGAACCCAACAUCAAGUAUAGACACAAAACUAUAACUGGUUAAUUAACUCAUUUUGUUUUGACAAAAGGUUUCAUAGGUAAAUAGGUUUAACACAGUCCAAUUAAACCAGUUAUAAAUGUUCAAGAUUUAACAAAAAAGUCAUCGAGCUUCUUAUGUUGUAAUGUUUUUAAAGCAAAGCGGUCACAUAGGAAGACAGUGACUACAAAACAAAUGCAACACAUAAAAACAAAAAGCCAUCACAGGCAGAAAACCUGCAGUGGCUCGUCAUUAUUCAUUUGAGAUAAAAACACUUAAUUACUGGGAUAUGAUGUCUGUGUUGGUGCGUGUGUUGUGACAAAGUAUCCUAUGCAGUCUACUGUAAUUAUUGCAGAAGAUUCAGCACUUCUUGUCAGAUCUGUGCCAGGUGUAAGCAUUCCUUCGGUUUUGGAGAAUGCGUCCCCUUACUUUUGUGCGUUAGGGAGAUGUGUGUGUCUGUUUUAUAGUUGAGCACACAUACACGUUUGUCUCUGUGUUUGAAUUUGUCUGAACUCCUUCAUAACCUUUUAGUGCUCUUUAAUAAAAAUGCCUCGCAGAGAAGAAGUAAAACCAA